GUUCUGAGUCCGGAGAUGGAGAGGUGCAACUGCAGAGUUGGAGUGGAGCGCCGGAGUGUGGAUGCUCGAAAGGCGCAUCGAGAUUCGAGACUAACCUGGUAGACGGUGACUGUUGUGAGCGGAAGGGGAAGCGAGUGUGAGUGCAAUUGUGGUUACGUGAUCGACGUUGACGAUGUGGAGGGAAUGAGCAGCAAGCACGUGAAGCUGAGGAAAGAAUCAAUGCUGUAGCUGGGUGGGAAUCCUUGAAAUAACAUCAGGUUUACUCCGUCGGCCAAAAUUGCUCCCUCGCAUUUCAGCUCGUUUCUGAUGGCGGACGAUGACGAUGCCGCCCCGAUAGAGGCAGAGUUCGUUGAGACCGAGAAUUCAGAGUUGAUCAUUGCUCGCGUCGAGAACAAAACUCGCCAAGUUGAGCGAUUGCUUCGAUUGCUGCAGUAUACCCAAGCUUUAGAAAUCGCUCUGGAAGACGCUCCUACGAAAACUCGAGACGAAAGGUGCAAGUCAGCAAAUUGGGUGUUGGUGCAUCGCGUGCUGAUGGCGACGAAAGAUGUGGAUGGAUUGCUGACGAACUUGAAUUCUGAGUAUUAUGACCUGCUUAUGAAGUAUCUUUAUCGUGGCCUGGCCACAGGAGACAGACCGACUUGCGACCAGUGUUUACGGUUGCAUGAGAAGUUGACACAAAUAGCAGGAAUGGGUUGUAUUAUGCGAGCUCUUGCGGAUACUUGGAAUGUCGUUUGAAGGCGAGUGUUACAACUUCCUUGCGGAAUCUGGUUUUCCAGCAAUCAAAGAUCUUUUACACUCACUGAGAAUUACUGCGUGCAGUCGGAGUUUUAUCAUCGAAUCCUGCCAGGCCUUUUGAGAAUGACCGAGCCCAACUUAAAUUCUUCAUCGAUCAUGCUUACAGCUUGAAGCACACAAGUUGACCUGUUCUGUUCGCGUGAUGGUUUCUCUUCAUCGGGAGUUUGCUGUAGACACAACUUUUUCGAGAUCUACUGUUCUGCUGUGUAAGUUUACCUUGGUCAACACAACAACAUGCCAGAAGGCUUCAGUUUUGUGCACUCUUGCUUCACUAUGUCGGUCUGAGAGGUGUAGCUGUUACUGUGGUUGUGUCUCCCAAAGACUUGACCAUUGAGGUUGAAAUUGCAGAGACCUGCAAUUCAUGUUUGUGUCAAGAGAGGCAGACCUUUAGAGAACUCUGCAGGAAAAGCACGGCUCCAGUGUUUUCUGUUGUCACCAGAAUUGAAUAUCUGAAUGGUACACAAACGUGAGGUUUCUACUCUGCUGUUAGCUACUCGAGAUUGCAGGGCUCUGUAGGCAAUCUAGGCAAACUAGGCAAUUUGAGUUUCGAGGCAAUCGGACGAGCAGGUUGAAAAAAAUCAGAUGCUCUUUUCACAUACCUGCAAUGAAUAUGGUAUUUUUAGAGGCUAGACCUUAAACGGUUAGAAAAAUUAACCAAGGGCUUGUCACCGACUUGGGAUAAGUCGUUGUUCGACCACGUUCAUCAGUAUACUCAUAAUACAAGCUCUGAACAUAUGAUAGGCGACACGAAGGCUGGAUCAACGAAAUAUACGGUUUCUCAAUGAGGGGUAUUAAAAUGUGUUUCUCUCCCUCCGUUUUGGCCUUC